AUGGGCUGCUGUGGAUCGAGACUUGAAGAAACUCCUCAGAAACAAAAAAAGGAUUUAAAUACUUCUAGUGAUACUGAAAAAAGUAGCGCUACUUAUCAGCCCCAGGAAAUUAAUCGAAGAAACCCUAAUCGCCAUUCUUCUAUGGCCAUACGUAAAGGAAACUUUAUCCGAACAAAGAGUGGGGAUAUUAAUCAAUUUUAUGAAAAUAUCAGAGAAAUAGGAACAGGAGGCUUCGGAAUUGUUUAUAGUGCAAAGGAUAAGAGAUCUGGUCUCAGGCGUGCUAUUAAAGAGAUACCAAAAGAUAAGCUGGAUAAAUCCACAAAUGAACAAAUGCUUGAGGAAGUUCAAAUUCUACGCGAAUUGGAUCAUCCUAAUAUUAUGAAGAUUUAUGAAGUAAUAGAGUCUCGAAAAAGCUAUUAUAUAGUUUCAGAGUAUUUAUCUGGGGGGGAAUUGUUUGAUAAAAUCAUCGAAACUCAAGGAUUUAACGAAAAAAUAGCAGCAAGAUAUUUUAUUGAUAUGAUGACUGCAAUAAAUUACUGCCACACAAAUGAAAUUGUUCAUAGGGAUUUAAAGCCAGAAAAUUUAUUAUUAGAAUCUUCUCAAAGAGAUGCUAAUUUGAAAGUCAUUGAUUUUGGGAUUUCACAAAGACUUAAUCCGGGAGCAAAAUUGACAUCAGCAAAUGGAACACUUUAUUAUAUGGCUCCAGAGGUAUUUGAUAGGCCACAUGAUGAGAAAUGCGAUAUUUGGAGUGCUGGGAUUAUUCUUUAUGUUAUGAUAUGUAAAAAUUAUAUAGGUGGAAAACCUCCAUUUUAUGCUGAUAAUGAUAAAGAUUAUAUUAAAUUGAUAAAAAAGGGACAGUUUUCUUUGACGAAAGGAGCCUGGGAAAAUGCUUCUGAUGACUUGAAAGAUUUAGUAAGAAAAAUGCUGACUGUGGACCCAAAAAAAAGGCUAAGUGCACAAGAUGUAUUAAAUCACCCGUGGGUGGAGAAAUACUUGAGCAAUGAAGCAGAAGCCAAUCCGAUUUCUACCGAAGCAUUAUCAAAUUUAGGGAAAUUUAGGGUAAGCUUUAUAUAGAAUCAAUCAAAAAUAGCCAAAUCAAUUAAAACUUUUAUAACAAGCCAAAUUUUUACUGCAAAAGAUGAAAAAGAGUUAAUUAAAAUUUUCAAAAGGAUAGAUAAAAAUGGAGAUGGAAAAUUAUCUGAAGAAGAAUUAAUUGAAGGAUACUUAGAAUUAGGGUUGACAUCUCCUGCGGAUAUUGAAGCUAUUAUGAAGAAUUGCGAUACUGAUCAUAGCGGAUAUAUUGAUUUCACAGAGUUCGUAACUGCGACGACUGAAUGGAAUUUUAUGAUUAAUCAAACUCAGCUAAAACAAGCCUUUAAAAUGUAUGACACAAGCGGAGAUGGAAAAUUGUCACUUGACGAGCUGAAAGCAGGGAUCCCUGGAAUAGAAGACUCUGAAUGGAAGAAAUUCUUAGAUGAGGCUGAUACAAAUGGAGAUGGAGUCAUCACGUUUGCGGAACUUAAAGAUUAUUUGACAGAAAAAUUAUAA